ACAUUCACAUACACUACAUACGCUAACACACAUAGGCUAACACACACACACGCGCACACAGAGACCGACACAACAUAAACACACACUUCUACACUGAUAAUUUGCUGCUGGUGCUCUGUUCUUUAUUUUACUCUUAUUAUCGAUCCUGAUGUCUUGUCACUUUACCCUGCCUUCGUGUACAUAUCUACCUCAGAUACCUCGUACCUCUGCAUAUUGAUCUGGCACUGGUACUCCCUGUGUAUAUACUGUAGUUCCAUUGUUGUGUAUUUUAUUUUAUUCCUCUUGUGCUACUUUAUCUUUAAACUCUGUGUCGUUGGGAAGGGCUCAAUCCGACUAAUGAAUACACCCCUGAAGUUCAAUCAAACCCGCAAUUUAUUGUUUUACUGUACGAAGAUAGGCUACUUGCACCGCGAUCUGACACUUCCUCCAGCUUUGGCAACAUCCGGAUUCCAGUCGAGAUGGUCAUGGCGGAGGGUGCAGCUGUUAUGAGGAGGAAUCGACCAGGGACUAAAGAAAAGGACUUCUACAACUGGCCCGAUGAGUCAUUCGAGGAGAUGGACAGCACACUGGCUGUGCAGCAGUACAUCCAACAGAACAUCCGUACAGACUGCUCCAACAUGGACAAGAUCCUGGAGCCCCCAGAGGGUCAGGAUGAAGGGGUCUGGAAGUACGAACACCUCAGGCAGUUCUGUUUGGAGCUGAACGGACUUGCUGUGAAACUACAGGGAGAAUGCCACCCAGACACAUGCACCCAGAUGACGGCAACAGAGCAGUGGAUCUUCCUCUGUGCUGCACACAAGACUCCCAAAGAGUGUCCAGCCAUCGACUACACCAGACACACUCUGGAUGGCGCCGCCUGCCUCCUCAACAGUAACAAGUACUUCCCUAGCAGAGUGAGCAUUAAAGAGUCCUCAGUAGGGAAACUGGGUUCAGUUUGUCGACGGAUCUACAGGAUAUUCUCCCACGCUUACUUCCACCAUCGUCAGAUCUUUGACAAGUAUGAGAACGAGACGUUCCUGUGCCAUCGGUUCACGCGCUUCGUGAUGAAGUACAACCUGAUGUCCAAGGACAACCUGAUCGUACCCAUCAUGGAGGAUGAGACUAACCCUAACGAAGCAGAGGGCGAGAACGACGCCUGAGGACUGGAAUCUGAAGAGGAUCUGCUACACCCUGCCAAACUAUUUCAAACACAUGGCUGUCACACACACACACACCCACCCACAACCACACAAUACUCUCAAAAGCACACUAAAAUCACCCGUUUUUAAGUAGAAUAUUUUCAAUAUUGUAUGAACAUCCUAAUUUAAUUUAGCUUGUACGUUUCAGUGAACAAGACAUUGUUGUGGUUAAAUGACUAACCAAUACACACUGUGGCCAGUAAAUUAGGUACACCCAUCUAGUACCGGGUCAGACCCCGCUUUGCCCCCAAAACAACCUGAAUUCUUCGGGGCAUGGAUUCUACAAGGUGUCGGAAACGUUCCACAUGGAUGUCGGUCCAUGCAGACGGGAUGGCAUCACGCAGUAGCUGCAGAUUGGACGGCGGUACAUUGAUGCUGCGAACAGCCCGGUCUACAUCAUCCCAAAGAUGCUCUCUCUAUUGGGUUUGGUCAGCAACAAUGUUCAGAUACGCCGUGGCGUUCGAUCGUUGCUAAAUUGGUAUCAAGGAACCUAAAGUGUGCCAGGAAAAUGUUCCCCACACCAGUACACCACCGCCACCAGCCUGUACUGUUGACACCAGGUAGGAUGGGUCAACGCACUCGUGCUGCUUACUCUAAAACCUGACUCUGUCGUCAGCAUGAACCGGGAACCGGGAUUCGUCAGACCAGGCAAGGUUUUUCCACUCCUCAAUUGUCCAGUGUUGGUAAUUGCGUUCCCACUAGUGCUUCUUCUUUGUUUUAGCUGAUAGGAGUGGAACCCCGUGUGGUCGUCUGCUACAAUAGCCCCUCCGUGACAAGGAUCGACUGGUUGUGCGUUCCGAGAUGCCGUUCUGCACACCACUGUUGUACUGUGCCGUUAUUUGCCAGUUAGUGGCCAGCCUGUUGGCUUGCAGGAUUCUUGCCCUUCUCCUUCGACCUCUCAUCAACGAGCUGUUUUCACCCACAGGACUGCUGCUGACUGGAUGUUUUUUGCUUGUCGCACCAUUCGCGGUAAACUCUAGACACUGUCGUGUGUGAAAAUCCCAGGAGGCCGGCCCUUUCGGAGAUACUGGAUCUGGCGCACCUAGCAGACAAUCAUACCACGCUCAAAGUCACUUAGGUCGCUAGUUUUACACAUUCUAGCAUUCAAUCAAACAGUUACUGAAUGGCUCGAUGCCUGUCUGCCUGCUUUAUAGAGCAAGCCACAGCCAAGUGACUCACUGUCUGUAGGAGCGAAUCAUUUUGGUGAACAGGGUGGUGUACCUGAUAAACUGUGAGACACUCAUGGCUAGUUACUUUAUCAUGUGCUUUCUGUUUGGUCCUUAGGCAGUGUUUACACAGGCAACCAAAUUCUUAUAGGCAAAAUAAUUGCUCUGCUUGGUCAAAAGACCAAUUGGUGACAAAAGAUCAUAAUUGGGCUGUCUGUGUAAACACAGCCUUUGUUGUGUUCUAGGUGUCAGGAACUCUGGUCUAAUAUAGAGCUACAAGUUAAUAUAACAGGUAUUUAAUAAACAGCCUACAUUAUACAGGUUGACAUAACAGGUAUUUAAUAGUCCAAUAUUUCUGACUACUGUAUAUAGCACCACGUCAGUCUUCCAUCCUAGAUUAAGGAAGUGGUGAUUAAUGAUUAAUUGAAGACUAGUGGAAGUGAAGCUGAUCCUAGAUCGGCUGAGGUUAGGAUUAGGGGAAGCUGAUCUGCACCUAGGGGAAGCUGAUCUGCACCUAGGGGAAGCUGAUCUGCACCUAGGGGAAGCUGAUCUGCACCUAGGGGAAGCUGAUCUGCACCUAGGGGAAGCUGAUCUGCACCUAGGGGGAGCUGAUCUGCACCUAGGGGGAGCUGAUCUGCACCUAGGGGGAGCUGAUCUACACCUAGGGGGAGCUGAUCUACACCUAGGGGGAGCUGAUCUACACCUAGGGGGAGCUGAUCUGCACCUAGGGGAAGCUUCAACCCAGAGCCAAAAACUGCAACAUUGCUGCAGGAUAGCCUGUUUACUGGGCCAGAGUUCCUACAUCUUUGACAUUACACAAAGACUGCUUUCCUAAUAACUUGUUUCUAUAGAAGGGGACGCGGGGUGUUUUAUGUUCAUGCCAUUUAGGGCAACAAUCUCUCACUGUAUUUAUUUAAAAGGAAUUUGAUGUUUUAUUAGUGAAUAUUAAUUAAUGACAGCUACUCAGAAAUGCCUUAGGUUUUCGAAGCACAAGUAUGUCUCAUUCACUUUCUAUAUUGUGAUGAACUAUUACUCAGGCAACACAACAACGAUGUGUUUGACUGUGUUACCAUUUUGUCCCUGGUGGAUAUCCAUUCACUGUUUCUUAUUAAAAUAUCAGAUAUAUUUACAA